AAGAAGGAGGAGGCGGCGGCGGCUGCGCGCUCUUCGGCCUGACGGCGGGAGCCUCGCAAGGAACCUGGUUGAGCUCUGCAGAACCCGCGGGUCCGGACCCGGACCUCCGCGGUGCCCAGAGCUCGCCUGCCAUGCGGUGAUGUCGGCUUGGCCAGAGCCCCGCGGUCCGGGGGACACAGCAAGUUGGUGAGGGGAACAGGGCUCCGGACUAGACAGCGCACUAGCCGGCCGCUCCCUCUUGGAGUCUGCCUUUCAGAUUCUUGGUCCCCCGAAGAGAGACAAGGAGGACCUCAGGCUAGCACAGAGAAGCAGUGGCAGGUCGAGUGACACCCAGGCCAAUAGAUGAACAGACAGAAGCCAAAAGAUCCUUAAAGAGGAUGAGCGAGAGGGCCGUGUGGAACUGGAGCACGGGCUGGCUGCUGACGCUGUGCCUGGCCUGGCUGUGGGGCCGCCUGGCCUCGGCGUCCUUGCAGCCUCCAACUGCCACAGUCCUUGUGAAGCAGGGCACCUGCGAGGUGAUUGCCGCUCACCGCUGCUGCAACCGGAACCGCAUAGAGGAGCGCUCCCAGACGGUCAAGUGCUCCUGCCUCUCUGGCCAAGUGGCUGGCACCACGCGGGCAAAGCCCUCCUGCGUGGACGCUGCCAUCGUCCUGCAGAGGUGGUGGUGUCAGAUGGAGCCCUGCCUGCCGGGGGAGGAGUGUAAGGUGCUCCCGGACCUGUCAGGAUGGAGCUGCAGCAGUGGACACAAAGUCAAAACCACCAAGGUCACACGAUAAUUCUUGGAGGUCAUGGCCUGGAUAGGACAGGCUUGACCAAGCUGUGGACUGAUGGAUGGCAUCUAGUCAUCAUCCAGAAAACAUGGGAAAUCCCUUUCCUGGACACACGGCCCCAUGCCAAGUGCAGACUCCAUCUUUCCAGGGGCAUUUCAAAGAAGCCGCUCAAUAGAUCUGGAUGGGUCUCCAACCACAUACCUACUGAUCAGCCAGACUCUCCUGGGACACAGAAGGUCAAGGCACGACUCUUGUCCUUAAGGACUGUUCAGUUGAGUUGGGGCGUUGAUGACAGCCAAUCUAGAUCAUUUAAAUGAAAGUGUAUGGUACCAGACAGUAGCUUCUAGGCCACAUGCUGUGGACAUGGUGUGAUUUGAGAGAUGAGACUUCCAUAGCUUGUCAGCCACUCUCUGAUCAGGCAGCACAAAGAUAAAAAGUCACACUCACCACCCACCACCUCAGCCUUGAUCCCUAGCAAGCUGUUCACAUGUUGAACAAAAACACCUUCCUGUUAUGCCAGACCAGCGGUGUCUCCUUAGAUGGGAUUGAGUUGCCUUGGGGAAGGAAAAGAACGAUGAAGCCAAGCAACUUUCCAGCAGAACUUUGCAGAGGCAUGGCCUGGCUUGGACUAUUCGCUGGGUAUGGAUGGACCCCCAUUCAAGCACCAGAGGUUUCUGUUUGGCUGGUUGUUUUCACAGAUGAGGAAACUGAGUCCCAGAAAGACGAGGUAACUUGCCCAAGGUCCCACAGCCUGGACAGCCAAAUCUGUAAGACUGCUGACCCUCACUAGCAUGGAUGCUGAGAUUCCAACCUGGGCCUUCCAUGUUCGUUUUAUCUCAAGUUCCAGAACCUGUAGAGUACUAGCUAGGCAGCAGCCAAAUUUUUCUCUGGGGAUAUUAGAGCACAAACUUUUACCUGGUCCCUGUUCUACUAUCUGAAAUAAUCCUGAACACCCCAUACCAAGUGGGUGUGAGACCACUUGGUCUCCACUCUCCUUCAGGCCCCCAUGGCAGCACAGAGGUUACUUAGCCUGGUUACAGCAGGGGCGCUCUGCAAUGAGGCAUCCCCAUGACCUGCUCUGACCCCUCUCUGCUCAGGUCUGUAGGCUGUUACUCUCAGAAGCUCUGGCUGGUGGAGAGAGUCUGGAUGAGGUGUGGGCUGGUUAGGGUCCUCACCCUUCAAAGGCCUCCACUGGGCAGGAGGGGUGGCAGUCUGGAGCCUCUGUCCAGGAUCAGGUUCAACAGUCAGCUUCACAUCCAAGAUGGUUUGGAGAUGCUGCAGGCUCCAGGGACCCAGAGGCAGGGACUGCUUGGCUAUCUCAUCAGUGAGAACUGCAGCAUCUGUGACUGCUGGGAUCCCGCCAGCCAGGCCCUUAAGGAGAGUGCGUCAGAGAGACCAGCCUAGACCAUGCUGGGUUCUGAUCCUCAGAGAAGAUGGAUCAGAGGAUGGUUUGGGACUGAGUCUUAGUUCCUCCCUCCCUCCUUUCCUCCCCUUGCAAUAGAAACAAGACCAUUUGAUAUUCCCAAUUCUUUUUUUAAAAAAUAUUUUAUUUAACUUUAUUCAUUCAUUUACUUAUUUCAAUUU